GAUGGAUGGAUAUCUUGAAUGAAAAUAAAAGACAAAAUGGAGGUUGGUUUCUCAAUUCUAUGGAUAUCUUGAAUGAAAAUAAAGACAUAAUGGAGGUUGGUUUCUCAAUUCUAUCACAACAUGUUGACAAAUUAGAUUUUUAGGAGAACCUUACUAGAUUUGUAUUUCAAUAAAUUGGCAUAUUUAGUAAAAGCAAAAUAAAAAAUACAAUUUCUUUAGAUAUGAAAUGGCUCAAACACGUGUCUUAAGGUAGAAGCCAACUCACUCAACCAUGGUUAAACAAAUCACAUACUACAAUUAUUCAUCUCUUCCUAUAUAUAUUGCCAUGGUUAAGAAUCAAUUACUCCACACACUCACUCACUCAAAAUUCCUUAACCAUGAUCAACAUUCCAAACCUUAAAAUCCCCGAAUGGGACACGACACAAUACGAGGGAGGAGCAUUCUUAAACCAUUUCAUUUCAAACGACUCCGACACACAAUUUUCCAUUACCGAAGAUUUCGACUUACCUCUUCAUGUUUUCUCUACCGACCAUUUCCGAAUGUUCGAAUUCAAAGUGAGGAAAUGCCAGCGUGGCAGGUCUCAUGACUGGACGGAAUGUCCUUACUCUCAUCCCGGCGAGAAAGCUCGCCGGAGAGACCCUAGGAAGUUUAAUUACUCCGGUACACCUUGCUCGGAGUUUCGCAGAUCAGGAAACUGUACUAAAGGUGAUUCAUGUUACUUUGCGCAUGGUGUUUUCGAAUGCUGGCUUCAUCCUUCUCGUUACAGGACACAGCUUUGUAACGAUGGAACUGCUUGUCGCCGGCGAGUGUGUUUCUUUGCUCACACCAUUGAUCAACUUCGUCUCUCGGGUAAGGCUUCACCGGAAUCAUUUGUUUCAUCUCCUACUUCGGUUCUUGAAUCUCCUCCGGGAAACUCCCGAUACGGCGACGUUCCGGUGAAUAUGCGGGAACUAGUUGACUGCAUGAGAGAUGUUCGAAUUGCGGAUUCGGGUCGGGUCGGGUGUCCGCAGGGUGGGUUUUUUAGUCUUCCGGCAAGCUAUGAAGGGGUUAGUAUGGAGAGGGUGGAAUCUGGAAGAGAUCUUAGAGCCAAAAUCUAUGGAAAAUUCAGUAAGGUGAACUUCAACGACGGUGUUGUUUCGGUUCCUGUUCCUGAUUUUGGAUGGGUUUCGGAACUGGUUAACUGAAUUUGGGAUUGAGGUUGAGGAGUAUGAUUCUGCUUUGUAUAUAGGAUGAAUGAUGCAAAAAGGAAGAAGAAUCUUUGUGCAUAGUUGAGGAGCAUGAGAUGAGACUAUGGUGUCUCUGUCAUGUCCAUUUUCUAACGUUUAGUUUUCUUCUUGAGUUAAGGAUUUGUUGAAGAUUGGAUAACAUUUGAUUGUCUUCAUUGUUCUUUUUUACCUGGAUUUUUGUCUUCAUCUUUUGUUGUGUUGGAUGUUUAUAUGUCAAUAGAAGAAACAUGAACAAUGAUGUAUUUUUAUUUUCUAAAAAUUAUGGGAGUUUUUUUAUUUCUAGAAUGAAUAUGAAUCGUAAUACCUCUUUCUUUUAUCA